CGACGAUGUCCUCCACUCCCGGGAGCCCGGCUCCCGACUGGUACAAAGAUUUUGUGACGGAUUCCGACGCCAUUGUGCUGGAUCAUUCUGGAAAGAUUAGCCUUCUGUUUGAGAUUCUUCGUAUGGCGGAGGAGCUCGGCGAUAAAGUUUUAGUUUUCAGCCAAUCUCUCAUAUCGUUGGACCUGAUUGAAGAUUUUCUAGAACUGGCAAGCAUGGAUAAACCUGAAGAGGAGGAGGAAGGAGCAGAACCCAGGCCGGUCAUUUAUAAAGGAGAAGGGAAAUGGUUCCGGAAUAUUGACUACUACCGACUGGACGGGUCCACCACGGCUCAGACCCGGAAGAAGUGGGCCGAGGAGUUCAAUGACAUCACCAACGUGAGGGGACGUCUGUUCCUGAUCUCUACGAAGGCCGGGUCCCUGGGGAUAAAUCUGGUGGCUGCCAAUCGUGUGAUCAUCUUUGAUGCUUCGUGGAAUCCAUCGUAUGACAUACAAAGUAUCUUCCGCGUGUAUCGCUUCGGUCAGAUCAAGGCAGUGUUUGUGUACCGCUUCUUGGCACAGGGGACGAUGGAAGAGAAGAUCUAUGAUCGGCAGGUCACUAAGCAGUCCUUGUCCUUCCGGGUGGUGGACCAGCAGCAGAUCGAGCGUCACUUCACCAUGAACGAGCUGACCGAGCUGUACUCCUUCGAGCCGGACCUCCUGGAUGACACCAAUCCUGAGAAGAAGAAGAAGAGGGAGACCCCCAAGCUGCCGCGGGUAAGAGAUACGUGUUCUAUCGCGCGGUACAUCCCGCGGUACAUCGCACGGUACAUCUCGCGGUACAUCGCGCGGUACAUCUCGCGGUACAUCGCGCGGUACAUCGCACGGUACAUCUCGCGGUACAUCGCACGGUACAUCGCACGGUACAUCUCGCGGUACAUCUCGCGGUACAUCUCGCGGUACAUCGCGCGGUACAUCGCGCGGUACAUCGCGCGGUACAUCUCGCGGUACAUCGCGCGGUACAAUGACAAAGCAUGA